AUGCAUUCUCUGAGUGGCUUCAACGCCUCCAACAAUUUGAGGCACAGCAAGGCUCCCGGCCAACAUCCACAGAUGGGAGAGGUUGCGACCUCCAGAACCACCCCUCCUGGAAACACUAGGCAGAGGUUUGAGAGAAAGGGCCUCGCCCAUCCUCUAGAAAUCAUUCAGACCAACAACAUCUCUGCCGUCAAUAACGUGCAUGCUGUUGAGAUGCGUUUGGCACAUGGCUACCCUUUACGUCCAGACACGAGCCUACUAGUUAGGAAACAAGCAAAGAAAAUCUAUCCGACAUUCCGGAAUUCGGACAGGCGAGGAGUUCAACGCCAGGCCCCGACAGAGACUGAGAGGUGCGGCGAGGAUUGCGCGUUUCCUCAGACAACGGCCACCACCUGGAUGCCAUUUGAUUUUCGCAAGUUGGCUGAUUCCUGCCGAGAUCCUCCAAAGGCAAGUGAAGCGAACCCUCUCAAACCUGACAGCGAAAUAAACGAAACGAAAUUCAGGCUGACUUCUAGGACAAAGAAACAGUACAUCUGUCAGUACUGUCGUCGUAACUUCACCAAGUCCUACAACCUGCUCAUCCAUGAGCGAACUCACACCAACGAACGUCCCUUCCCAUGCGAUGUCUGCGGGAAGGCGUUUCGCCGACAGGAUCAUUUGCGAGAUCACAGGUAA